UCGAUUUUCAUGUCACCAGCUGAUAUGGAUGAUAAUCAGAAAGAAAAAUAGUGAUGUGCAAAUAUUUAAUACUCAUUUCACAUUCGUUCGUUAUUUCGUGUUAUAGUAUGCUAUUUUUAGUUAAUUUGUCAUUUAGUUUUAUUGUCGAUCGUAUGACAAGUCGUGCUUGUUCUCUAGAUUUACGAUACGAAACGACUUAUUUGCAGAUAACAACAUUCACUGUUUUCGUGUAAUGCAGCUAAUCAUCAGCAAUGCCUUAUUUAUCGGCAGCCCGGGAGAACGGCCACAGCGAUAGUCGACUGAAGUUGUUCAAUGGUUUGUUUCGAUGGAAAAAAUCAGAAAAAGAAAAACAAAAGACCAGACAGCUAAGUAAAAGUGAAGUUUGUAUAGCAACAUCAAUGUCCGUGAAAACAAGAAAUUCGUGUCCUGCGUCUCCUGCUCUUUCUAUGCCCAGAUCUAGAGACGUUUUCCAAGACAUGGAGGCACUUAAAAUCUCUAGACACGACAAUCCAUAUUUACAGAAAAAAAUUUUAACAAGCAGAGAGAGCUUAUUAGAUGAUAAUAUUGUUGUAUCAGACACGGAUGACAUAGACAUCAUGGCUCAGGAAUAUUUAGCGGAUAUGGGUCCAGGCGCUUUAAUAGAGCUUCAUCAACAUAUGGUAAGAAGUCCGCCUCCAACUACGUGGCCACGUAUACCUAUAUUUAAAUAUGACGAAAAGGACCAAACCCAAGAUCUGUAUGGCGAUAGAUGUAAAAGUCCACAAGGCCGGACGUUCCUCCACAGCUCAUGUUCAAGUGGUUCUUCGAGCUGUGUUGUUUCACCGCGUUAUAACCAUCAGUCUAGAUGUCACCGAUCGGCUAGUGAGUCUCGAGGUAAACACGUUUAGGCCUCACAUAUAAUACCUCGUAAACAUUGUACGAUUGGAAUAUCUUCCAUAACAUUGGGUGUUUGUGUAAAGUUACACAAAAUCAUUUUUGAACCGGAGACCGGGAAAAAAGAAGCACAUAAGUUUACUCAUUCACCCACCAUCACUUUAUUUUAAUUAAUUGACAUGUGUUUCCUACAUAACGGGUGCAUAUUAUGAGGAAAAUCAAGAAAUCUUUCAAUAUGUACGUAUAUGUCUGCAGUUUUCAUGUAUAAAAAUAAAAAUUAUUGGGAAGUGAAAUGAUAAUGUGCAAUGAACAAUUAAGUAGGUAGUAAAUUAUCAUGUACCUAUUACAUAAUAUUAUUUGUUCUAUUGAUUACGAAUCAGUGUCCAUAUAGGUAUUAAUUAUUUAUCAUUAUUAUUUUUAUAAAUAUUUUUUUCUA